AUGGCGGAAGAUAAGUACGCAGUUCAGGACCCACCCGUGACGUCGGAAACCCGUGGAAGCAAUUACUACAAAAAUCGCAGCAAAAAACUCAAACGUAAGAACCGGUUCCUGCAGAACGCGAAAAGUUUCGGCCGGAAGAACAGCUUCGGUCGGGGGGCCGAGUUGGAUCAGAUGCAGUAUCAAUAUCUGGUGACGAUACUCGAGGCGAUGACCAAGCAGGAGGACGCAGACGAACGCCAGCUGAUGGCGAACAACGUGCUGGAGCAGCUGACGGGCAAGGAAAUCAGGACCGCUUCGAACCAACUCGGCAGCCGGGUGCUCGAGAAUCUCCUGGCGUACACCGACGAGACAAUGUUUGCAAAACAGAUGGAAACGUUCGCGGACAACUUUCGCGUGGUUUGCUGUGAUAAGUUUGCGUCACACGUGCUUCAGAGGAUUCUGGUCGUCGCAAUGUUCCGUUCAGCGGCACCAUUACAACCGAAGGAAGAUGAGCGGAAAGUAGACGAGGAGUCGAGUGAGGCACAGCAAAACAAAAAACAGAAACCCUCCAGCAAACCGCCGAGUGGUCAUGGCGAACGGAACGAUCAAACCAUAUGGCCAUGGGAGGAGUACAGCAUGAAGGAAUCGUACACGGACGAGCAUCGGCAGGCAUGCGGUGCAUUUGUCGAGCGUUUGACCAUGUUCCUGAUCAACAACCUCGAGGAGUUUGUGUGGGACAGCACGGCCAACUACGUCGUGCGGCAGUGCGUUCUCAACCUGAGCGGCAUCACGAAGUUAAAGUCAACCGAGGACGUGGAAUCACACCGGCUAACCGUGCCGGAAAAGUGGCAAAAGCUGCUGCAAAAGUUGACAUUUCAACUGGAGGUGUGGCCACAGUUUGCCGACAUGCCUGGUUACGAGCUGACGUCGGCCGUGUUGCAGGACCUGCUGAGAGCUCUUGCUGCCAGCAAUGAUGGGUUUCAGCUCGAGCAGCUGGCUUUAAAGAUACACAACGAGUCGUUCGUCGGCAGGAAGGACCAAUCAGUAAAAAAAGAGGAAGACGGAGACGAAAAGUACAACGAAGAAGCGAUGGAUACGACGGAGGAACCGAGUUCGAAUCUUCCCCAGGUGUUCCGGCAGGCCAGCACCAUCCGGUUGCUGGAGGCGUGCAUUGCCGUAGUGCCGGCCGCGUUCCUGAAGGACAAGAUCUUUGCGAAGCUGUUUCGAACGCAUCUCCGCGAGCUGGCCCUUUCGAGAACGUGCAACUUUGCGGUGCAGAAGCUGAUUGAUCACACCCACGACAAGGAUUUGAUGGAUCUCAUCUUUGGUGAGCUGGAGGACAGCAUCGAGCAAAUACUACGUGUCGGUCACACCGGGAUCGUGCUAGCGGUGGCCAAAGCGUGCGCCCGGCUCUCCUGCCAACAGGGCAAGUUCGUGAAGCAGCUACUGGAAGCAUUGCACUGCAGCGAGGCUACACCGGCGAAGAUGAUCUCGGCCGUACUGCAUCUCAUACCGGCGGAUGUGCAAUCAUCGGAGGCAAAGGCGGCUGUACAUCUGCACGGGUCGCUCAUCCUGCAAGCGGUGCUGGACUUCAACAAGCCGAUCAAAUUCGUCACCGCCCUGCUGGAAAUGCCUAACGAUCGGCUCGUGGAGAUACUGACCGAUCCGCGUGGAUCGUUCGUGGCGAAUGCGUUCGUAGCGUCUCGGUUCGUGGGGGAAAAGUCUCGCGAAAAGCUGGUGCGCCAUCUCGACGGUCAGUACAACCGGUUGGUACUCAGCGUGCACGGAUCGCACGUGGUCGAGCUUCUGUACGGAACGGGAAAUCCGGCCCAGCGGGAAGCCAUCGUACGAGAGUUGGCCGAACAGUGCCCGCAACUUAACAGCAAGCCGUGGGGCGUCAUAAUCAACAAACGGUUACUGGUCGAUACGUACAAGCGCGAUCCCGCCAGGUGGAAGGUGGCCAUCAAGAACAACGAUAAGGUUGGUCGGAUGUUCGAUAAGCUAGUGCCAGGAGUAAAACGGAAGGCGAUUAGUUAA